GCUACUCGUUUGCAUGGGACCUCUCGGGUAUUCGAUAGCAUUUUCGAUUGAGGCUGUCGAUUUCCGGUGAGAGAGCGGCGAUUGUAGGUGUGAGGAUUGCGGCCGCAUGUGUCAGUUGCGAUCUGUCGACGGCGAGGUGCCGCAGGGAGGAGAGCGGUAGUUUUAAGUCGCUUGAGUAGUUCGUUUUUUUUUUUUUUUUUUUUUUUUUUUUCCCCUUAGUUUCCUCUUCUUUUGUUUUGGAGGUUUGACGACCUGCAUUGCGAGAGGGGAGAUUGCGGGUAGUUGGGGACUGAAACCCUAGGGUGCGUGGCAGUGGAAAUUGACGUGGUUGCGGCACUAGUGAUUGGUCAGACGUCGGUGGUUAAUGACGAUUAUGGUGUGACAGAGAGGGGUGGAGGAAAUUAGGCGAAGGGCUGGGAGAGAACCAGUGUCGUGGACGUAGUUGUGAGGAUGGUGGGCUCUACCAACAGAUACCAUCGCCAAGGCCCGGUGGCGGCUCACCAGGUGGACUUGACGCACAUGAAGGAGAGGAAGGGAAGGGCAUUAGAUGGAGGUGUUGCUGUUAAUGCCGGCGGUCCUGCUGCUGUAGGUCUGAAUGAGCCUCUCGGCGGCUUUAUCUUCAUGUGCAACAACGAAACCAUGCCCGAGGACUUGGAGCGUCAGUUGUUCGAACCUAGUAUCUCAUGGUUGGUGAGGGAAUCGCUGCGUUUACAAGGGCUUACUCAAAGGUAUCAAGAUUCUGUAAGGGCCAUAACGCCCGGGCUUCCGCUUUUUCUUUACAACUACUCCACAAAAUAUCUACAUGGCGUCUACGAAGCUACGAGUGAUGGAGGCUUGAAUAUUGAUCCUGAGGCUUGGGAGAAUAAAGAGACUAAAAAGGGUGGAGGACCAGUGUCUCGUUACCCUGCUCAGGUUAGAGUGCGUUUGCGAGAGGAAAGACCUCCCUUGGAAGAAGCUAAAUUCCGUCCUUUACUUCAUCAUUACGAUGGUCCCAAAUUCAGAUUAGAGCUCACAGUGUCUGAGGCCGAAGAUUUGUUAAAGAUUUUUGGCAGUUCUAGCUCCCAGAAAAUGGAUAAGGCACAGGAUGACUUUGGAGGUGAGUGGGAGAGGGUGAAAUUUAAGAACAAAGGCAGUGGUACUCGAGUUCAUCGUCCUAAUCCUACUAAGAGAUCAAGCUCCCCAAACUCUUCCUCAGGAAGGAGAAGACUGGGUCCGCCUGUGAAUGGUUCGAGCAUCAGUAGCAAUGUGUCGCAUACUACUGCUCAUUAUUCUUCAAAUAGUGACUUCGGACGUAGUAGGGAAACCAGGGCUGAUGCGGCGCAACGAUGGAGAUCUGACUCAGAUUCUUGGAGCGGAUCGUCUAGUGCUGGAAUAUCAACAUCCAGUUGGGCCUCGCAUGAUGAGGAUAGGCCCAAGAAGGGCAUGAAAGAGAAUGUUGUAAUGUGUGGAGAGGCGAAUGAUGUAGUUAGAGCAGGUGAGUAUCUCGAACUACACAACGCAAGUACUCUGAAGAGCUAUGAGCACACCAAUGGAUUGUGUGAAAAUGGGAGUGAAAGGAAUUAUAGGGCAGAUUCAGAUGACCUAAAUACAGACUCUAAUGGAACAAGAUGUGGUGUCGGAGGAGAGGCGCAAUUAGAAUCUCAGUCUCCCAAUCGUCCCGGAUUUGCUUCAUAUAGUGCAGCGCUGAAAGCUGGAAUGGCAGGUGCUUCGGCGGAAGUAGGUAGUGGUGAUAGUGUUGAUUCAAAUGGAGCUUGUGAAAGUGGGCAGACCGUUUCUGUUAGAGUUGCAUCAAGUGUUAAUGUUGCUGUCUCCUCGAGUGUAAUCGCAGAUUUUGUCGGAGACGGUAGUAAACUAGGGAGCGGUAAACAUAUUGAGGCGGUAGGGAGUAGAAGGCCGUCUGCCAAUUCUGAAAACUUUGGCAGUGGUACGCAACCAGUUUUGGGAUCUUACAAUGGAUGUGAUCCAGUAUGGCAAGAAAGGGAAGACGGUAAAUUUUUACGUUCGGAUGGAGAAACAAAGAAAGCAGAAAAUAGAUCGGUAUGGAAUGAUAAUAAAUUAUCUUUGGCUGUCACAAUGGCAGCUCCAGAUAGAGGGAAUAGGGCAUAUAAUAUUGAUAGCGGAAGUAUUGGUGGAAGAAUGAUUGAAGGUAGUAAUCUCCUGGGAAAGGGUCACUCGGUAGAUGCCAGUACCAAGGGAAAGGAGUCUUUAGCAGACGGUACGCUGCUCGAGGACAAUGAAAGAACUGGUAAAGGAAAUUCAAGUAGUCAAGGCAAGCCUAGUUUUAAGGAUAAUGUAGGAAAAAAAAGUGUGACUUCAGAAAAUGGGUGUAAGAAGACUCCUUGGCAAGGAAACGAUGCAAUCGUGCUUCGCCGUUUGAUUGACCCUGGCUCAAGUUCAAAUAUUGGAACUCCGGUGCCUGUUGUGUCCUCUGGACAACAUACACAAACUCAUCCUGAUAUCUCAGCAAGACUACCUGACUCUGUUAUCAAAACUAGCUCACUGCCGCAAGAAGCAAGUCAGAUAGCCGGGCUUGUUAGUAUGGUAUUUAGUGAUGUGGAGCAGGGUACGUUGCAAUCAGAACAAAGUCCUGGUAUGUCCUCCAGUAUCUCAACGAAGGCUCAAGUACAGGGACCGAUACCACUGCCGACCAGGGCUUCAAAUGAUUUUCGAAGAGUUCAACAGUACAACCUUUUGAAAGACAGAGAUUUUCGCAGGACGCAAUCACCCUCUCCUGACCAAGUUCCAACUAUGAUACCACAGCGUCAGCCUGGACAAAACCUGAUUCCUGUGAGGAUAUCAACUCCACCGCUGCAGUCUUCUCAGCAGCAAUAUCAUCCUACUCAAUCACCGGAUCUCAAUGGAAAUUUUUCCGAUCGUCGUAACGGAUCAGAUGUGUAUCAUGGCCCUACCUAUCGACCAAUCCCGAGUGGCUUACGAGACGGAGAACACGGACUUCAAAACGGAUUUCAAGGUGGCUGGGGCGUGCCUACACCCGCGAUAUCAAUGAUUCCGCAUGGUUAUCGGCUUGGUCUAAAUGGCAUGUUUCCACUUCCAUCGCAACAAUUUCUGACCAAUGUGGAAGAAUUGCACUCGGAAAUCUUGGAGUUUGCACACACAGCAAGCCCCUCUGCGGAGGCAAGGAGUUGUGCAGAAGCUGCUAUCGACUGUGUAAGGGGUGCUGUAAAGAAACUCUGGCCAAACGCUGACGUCGAGGUUUUCGGGUCCUAUGCUACUGGGCUAUGCCUAUCUCAUAGCGAUGUGGAUGUGGUAGUCGUCGAUGCCCCACCUCCGCUUAAAUUACCUGAUACAACAGGGCUUACUGGAACACGAUUAGUUGCAUCACUUCUGGCACCAUCUAUUCGUUUGUUAGGAGCAGCCUUACAAGAUUAUGAUUGGUGUAAGAGUAUCCGCACUAUUGAUUCUGCAACGAUGCCUGUGAUCAAGCUUCAAUGUAGACCUUUAGUUACUUCUUUGGAUCCUGCUGCUCCUGUCGUGAAAAUUGAUAUCACUAUUGGUGGAAAGAAGACCAAUGAGGAAGCAGUUGCUACUGCAUCACAGAGCAGUGAAGGGUCUGAAACCAGCAGGCAUGUGGAUUCUCAAUUUGAACUUGCAAGGAAGUUUCACAAUGGUGCUGCAGCAAGGGAGUAUGUCAUUAAGAGACUUCAACAACAACCUGCUCUAGCUCCCUUGGUUUUACUUUUGAAGUCAUAUCUGCAAUCGAAAGGGCUCAAAGAUGUUUACACAGGAGGUCUUGGAUCGUUUUCUUUGACUAUUAUGCUUGUCUUCUAUUUAGAGCGCGUGCCCAUUUCGUGUGUCACAUCCCAGGAAGUGAGGGCACAGAGUCUUGCACCCUCGAAUGCGCUUGUCAGCUCUACGUCAUCUCCUGACAUCACAAAUUUGACCUCCGCGCCACCUGGUAUUGAUUUCUUGGGUUCUUGUGAGGAAGAGUCUUCUUGCUCAACUACCACAACUGAUUCAGUCUCGGUAUCAAAUAGGGCGUCAGCAUCCUGUUCCACUUCUGAAGGCUCAUUAGUAAAUGGAGCAACAGCCGCGGGUCAUAUUCAAUUAACUGGGGAUGUCUCCAAGUCUGGGCGUUGUAAUCAAUGGACAGGAGGGAUUAUAGAGCAGUUGCUGGCUUCAAUGCAUUAUGUUGCAUCUCCAAAUCUUGGAACCCUGUUGAUUGGCUUCCUACAGAUAUUUGGUUGGGCAAUAGAUUUCACUCAAGUGCGUCUUGUGACAAAGGGUAACGGUGGUAGUGGAGGGUUGUUUUACCAUGACAAGACAUCAAGUCCAGCUCCUUUGACGAUUGAUGAUCCACUUCGUCCUGGUGCUAAUAUUGGGGCCGGCUCAUUUAACAUGCAUCAGGUUCAGGGAGCUAUGCAGGAAAUGUUUCAUAUUUUGAUAAGGCCUCUACCUGCGGCAAGUUCGAAUAGAGUUGGAACAUUAUCAGGCAGAAGGCGGUCUUUACCCCUCCUUGAUCAACUAUUCACGAGUGGAACUACUUCCUUGCCACCACUGUAGUCUAUCUGCAUCAUUCGACUGUUCAUCAUCCAAAUUGUAUCUCAGAAAAAAUCGUACCACCCAAGAUUUUUGGCAAUUCGAUGGAGUCUAAAUGGUCUUAUUGAACAAUCACAGUUCAGGGCUGACGGCGAAGGCAGUGGCUUGGUUGAUGUCCAUGAGUGUUGUCUGUGAUACAGUCACGUUGCGAACUAUGCAGCUCUCCCGCUUGCCUUCGACUAACACAAGCAAAGACUUUGUUUGUCUGCAGUUGAGUGAGAGCCUGCACGAAAAUUUAAAAAACACGGCAAGUGGGAGCAGAGAAAUUGCUGCUACAUCCCAACCGCCGGUGAGCAUAUAGAUACCUCGAGUGAGAAUUUUUAGCAUUUCUUAUGCCUCCCUUAACACGAGGAAGAAAAUUUUGUUUCUUUUUUAAAAAGUAAAAUUUCAGCAGCGUGUAGAUUGUAGGAAUUAAAGAUAUUUUAUUCGAGUAGGUCAUGUCUGGCAAUAAACUGUUCUUAUCAUUUUGGCUUUCUUGUGUCAGUACUUCGUUGAGUGCACAUGACACACAUCCUCAGUUUAAAUUGUGAAUUCCAGGGAUAGUGCCAAAAUCUUCGAACACAAUUCUGAUACACUGAUCUCGAACUUUGUUUGUUAGCUAUAU